AGCAAUUGCAACAGAUAGUAAAUCAGACGAUUUUCUUUUUAAUCAGUUUUUCUCGUAUUUCUCUUUUGCUGCAUUACAUGCAUGUAUUGUGUGAUGUAAUAUUAAUAACGUCCAUUCGUUAGGUGUUAAUACAUCAAAAAAGAUUAAUGUGUUUGAUUUUUAAAAGAAAUGUCGGCUGUUGGCAUUAGCACCUCAGAGUUAUUCAAGGCAAUGGUUUGCACUUUGCGAAAAUCACUUUAUUUACAACAUUUAUUUUAUUCGUCGCAACCUAAACGGGUGAAUGAACGAGUCGUCGGAAAAGUAGUGAAUGUUGCAAUAAUUGGUGCACCUAAUUCUGGAAAGAGUACUUUAAUUAACAAUAUUGUAGAGAGGAAGAUAUGUGCAGCUUCCAACAAAGUUCAUACUACUACAAAAAUGAUACGAGCAAUGUAUUUUCAAAAUGACACGCAGAUUAUAUUUCUGGAUACACCUGGAGUUGUCUCGACAAAAGAGCAGAAAAAAUACAAAUUACCAGAAUCGAUGAUUGCUGCAUGUUAUAAAAGUUUGAGAUGUGCAAAUGUUGUAGGAGUUGUUCAUGAUGUCUCAAAUUCAUACACUAAAGAUGUGCUGCACACAGAUGUAGUCAGCAUGCUGAAAAUGGUUGAGGAGAUACCUAGUUUUCUUAUAAUUAACAAGAUUGACAAGUUAAAAUCUAAAAAGCAAUUGCUAACUAUUAUAAAAAAUUUAACAAAUGGUCUGAUUGCUGGCAAAUCAAUACCAGGGACUAACAAGAAAAGAGAAAAACCACAGCUAGAAUUGGGUUAUAGUAAAUUUUCUGAUGUGUUUUUGGUGUCGUCUCUAAAUGGUGAUGGUGUAAGUGAUGUAAAGGAAUACUUGCUAAGCAAUGCUAAACCUGCUGCCUUCCACUAUAAGCCUGAUGAAUGGACGGAUCAAACUCCAGAAUUAUUAGUAACGGAAGCAGUUAGAGCAAAAUUUUUAGAUUUUCUCUCCCAAGAACUUCCUUAUCAUAUAAAAAUUGAGCUAGAAUAUUAUGAGGAACGUGAGGACAAAAUCAUAUGUUCUCUGAUAGCAGAAUGCCCCACAGAAAGAUUAGUCAAAUUAAUAAGAGGGGCUGGUGGUGGUCGAUUACAAAUGAUCAGUAAUCAUGUUAGAAAUGAUCUAAUGGACCUUUUUAAGAAACUGGUUGUCGUAAACAUUGAUUUAAUAGCCAAAGAAAAGAAUACUGAAUAAAAAGUUUGAAGUAUUAUUGUUUUUAAAUUU